AUGAGCCGGGCAGCGAUUGGUCGAGCGGCGCCUGGGGGCGGGGCUCCCGUGGUUGCUGCGCCUGCGCCCGCCCCUUCCCUCCUUCCUGCCUUCCUCCUCCGGCCAUCCGCUCCUCUCGCCGCCGCCGCCGCCAGACCCUCGCCCGCCUCGGCCCUCCUGCUCCUCCUCGGCAUGGCCGCGUCCUCUUCUGCCGCCGCCGCAGCCUCCGCGCCGGCCGCCCCCCCGGCCCUGCAGCGCGGCAUCGUCAAGAUGGUCCUCUCAGGCUGCGCCAUCAUCGUCCGAGGCCAACCUCGUGGGGGACCUCCGCCCGAGAGACAGAUCAACCUCAGCAACAUCCGAGCUGGGAACCUGGCCCGUCGGGCAGCUGCUGGUCAGCCGGAGGCCAAGGACACCCCUGACGAGCCCUGGGGAUUUCCAGCCCGCGAAUUCCUGCGCAAGAAGCUGAUUGGGAAGGAGGUUUGCUUCACGGUGGAGUACAAGACAGCGCAAGGUCGGGAGUACGGGACGGUGUAUCUGGGGCGAGACACAGCCGGGGAGAACAUUGCUGAGUCGCUGGUGGCCGAAGGCUUGGCAAGUCGCCGGGAAGGAAUCCGUGCCAACAACCCUGAGCAGAGCAGACUGGCUGAGCUGGAAGGCCAGGCCCGGAUCGCCAAGAAGGGCAUGUGGAGCGAUGGGACCGGCUCCCACACUAUCCGGGACCUCAAGUACACCAUAGAGAACCCCCGCCACUUUGUGGACUCCCUGCACCAGAAGCCCGUCAACGCUAUCAUCGAACACGUCCGGGACGGCAGUGUUGUGCGAGCCCUGCUCCUCCCCGACUACUACCUGGUCACAGUCAUGCUCUCCGGCAUUAAGUGCCCCACCUUCAAGCGGGAAGCAGACGGCACGGAGACACCGGAGCCUUUUGCAGCAGAAGCCAAGUUCUUCACAGAGUCCCGGCUGCUGCAAAGAGAUGUGCAGAUUGUCUUGGAAAGCUGCCACAACCAGAAUAUCCUGGGCACGAUCCUUCACCCGAAUGGGAACAUCACGGAGCUGCUGUUGAAGGAAGGCUUUGCUCGCUGCGUCGACUGGUCCAUCGCUGUCUACACCCGAGGAGCUGAAAAGCUGCGUGCGGCAGAAAGGUAUGCCAAGGAGCGCAAGCUGAGGAUCUGGAGGGACUACAUGGCUCCAACAGCCAACCUGGACCAGAAGGACAAGCAGUUUGUAGCCAAGGUGGGUGCUGUGCUGAGGGAGGUCCCCUGGCGGGAGAUCCCGAGGCAGGCAGGGCUCGGGGAGGGGGCUGGCCACAAGUUCCUCCUGGUGAGCUGUGGCUACUGUGGAGGAGGCAGCUCUGCAGACUUCUGUGGCCCUGAAUGA